AUAUCUAUGGUAUAAGGGUCUCUUCUUUCUUUAAUAAAAUCUAUUUUGGUAAUUUUUUUCUUUUGAGGUUUUUGUGAUAAAAAAUCUUUUUUAAGAGAAUUACCCAUAUAUAUAAACCCAUAUAUUUAAUCAGCAGAUGUCUGAUAAAUUUUGAAUUUUUAAUCAGAUAUUUUAUUGCAUGCUAAAAUUAUUAAAAGUAAUAAUUGUUUUGUGAAAAAUUAAGGGUUUAAAACACAUAAAAACCUUCCUUAAAUUUAUAGUUAUAGAAUUAAUAUACACAUAUAUUUGUUUAUUUAUAUUUUAGAAUAUUUUCUCUGAAUAUUAGUAUGUAAGUUUUUGCUUAAACUCGUUAGUGUAAAACUUUUCUUUUAAGUUCAGAUCUGUUUUGUUUUUUUUUUGUCAUCAGUUCAGAUCUAAAGCAAAGAACUUAGUGAAACAUAUUUUGGCAAAAAGUACUAAAACAGACUAUAUACUGCUCUGAAUAUUAGUAUGUAUGUAAUUUCACACCUUUAAAGAAAUAGAAAACCCAAACCUAACCCCAAAUAAUAAGUUAAAUCUCGAACUUAAAUAUUUUUCUUCUUUCCGCAUUAGUUGUCAAUUUAUCAUUCAAGAUUUUCAAACAUUCAACGGUCAAUUUUUCCGAUUCCUAACAGCUAGCGAAUAAUCAAAUCAUACGACAUAAAAACCUUCUUCAUUCACUUUGACCCACUCGCGUUUCCAGAAACCUAUGACCAACCAUUAUCAUCACAUUACAAAACAUAUAUAAACUCUUCCCAACUUGUCUCCUUCAUUAGUAUGAGACAGUCAAAGAAAGUUUAUUUAUUUUUUCUUAACCUCCUCUUGUUAUGGGACUUUCGUUGAGAAUGAGACGGCGAGGAGGAGCCAAGAAGGACAUACUAACUCCGGCGAUCAGUUCCUCGGAGGAGGAGGAAGAAAUCGUGAUUCCGUCGCAGUUUCAGUGUCCGAUAUCGUACGAUUUAAUGAAAGACCCGGUGAUUAUCGCCUCGGGGAUUACCUACGACCGCGAAAACAUCGAGAAAUGGUUUGAGUCAGGUAACCAAACGUGUCCGGUGACUAACACGGUUCUAGCCACUUUGGAACAGACACCGAACCACGCGAUUCGGAGGAUGAUCCAAGAAUGGUGCGUCGCUAAAGGAUCAUCGUUAGAUCGUGUUCCGACACCACGUGUUCCCAUUUCAAGUCAUCAAGCGAUCGAGAUUUGCGGGAAGCUAUUGUCUGCGACGCGGCGUGGAGAUCACGUGGUGUGUGUGGAGAUGGUCGAGAAAAUGAAGAGGUUAGUGCAAGAGAGUGAGAGGAACACGAAAUGUUUUAAAGCGAACGGCGUCGGAUUGGUUCUUUGCGUUUGUUUCAACGCGUUUUCUGAAAACGCAAACGCGUCGGAGUUGUUGGAGGAUGUUUUGCUUUUGCUGACGUGGAUGUUUCCGAUUGGGUCGAAAGGUCAAGCGAAUCUAACUUCCACGACGUCAUUUACGCGUAUAGUGGGGUUUCUGAAAAGCGGUGAUCAAAACGCCGCGUUUUUGGUCAAGGAGCUUUUAUCUCUUGACGAAGCAAACGUUGACAAGUUAGCUACGAUUAACGGCGUCUUCGACGCGCUGGUGAAAUCGAUUCGCGAUUCGUCGUCCCUGACUUCGAUCUUCCACAUGAUCUCUGCUAAGCCAGAGACUACCUCGAGAUUCAUGGAACUAGGUCUGGUUAAUUCAACGGUGGAGAUGCUUGUUGACUCAGAGAAUAGCGUUUGCGAGAAAGCGUUACUGGUUCUAGACGCGAUUUGUGAAAGUAACGAAGGGAGGACGAUAGUGAGAGGAAACGAGCUAGUGAUGCCGAUUCUGGUGAAGAAGAUUCUGAAGAUUUCAGAGUUUGCGAAGAAGAGUUUGGUUUCUGUGAUGUGGAAGAUUUGCAAAACGGGAGAUGGAACUGAGGUUGAAGAAGCGUUGCGAUUAGGUGCGUUUAAGAAGCUUGUUGUGAUGUUACAAGUUGGAUGUGGAGAAGGGACGAAGGAGAAAGUUACAGAGUUGUUGAAGAUGAUGAAUAGACAUAUGAAGACGAAUGGAUUUGUUGAUGUUUCUGAUUCUUCAAUUGAAUUUAUGCAUUUAAAGAAGCCUUCUUAAUUCACUUUUAUUUGGUAAUAAGUGGAAACAACAUUUGUUUUCUAAAUCAUAGACAAUUUUGAUUCAAAAAAACAAGAGUUCAAGUUCCAGGUCGA